UAGCUUAAAGGGCAGAACUAAUAUACUGUCCUAGAACGGCUCAAAGCAAAAGCCAAACUACAGCCAAUCAAGCAUGGAUAAUCCUUUUUACCAUGGAAGCAUUUCCAAAAAAGCAUGUGAAGAUUUACUUUCAAAAAGAGGGAAGGAUGGCUGCUAUCUUAUACGUGACAGUGAAACAAUUGCUGGAGCACUUUGUCUUUGUGUAUUCAUGAAAAGAAUUGUAUAUACUUACCGUAUUCUCCAGAACCACUCUGGAUAUUAUACUUUGCAAACAUGUUCUGGUUUGGAGGAGAAAUUCUUUAAAAAUCUGAAAGAAAUGAUUUCUUAUUAUGAAAAACCCCACCGAGGUCUUAUCAUUCACCUGCGCUAUCCCGUUAAAAGAAAGAAAACAAAAUUAAUUAAACAUGAACCCGAGAAGGAGCCUGAAUAUGCAAACCAACUAGGAGCCUCCAUGCAAGCUGAGCCAACAUAUGAAGAAAUCACAGAUGAUGAUUAUGUGGAUGUUUUGCCCUAAUAAUUAAGCAGAAUGUCUCUACUCCGAAGACUUCUUAUUCAGAUACAUUGUGUGUACCUCAAGAAUGAUCUCCAGAUGGCAAACAAUGUGUGUUUACAUGCAGGCAUAUCCUACAAUGAUAUUUGUACAUAGUUGUUGUUUUUAUGAUUUGAAGAAAUGUUCAAGACAAGCACACUGCAUAAUAAAAGAAUGACGGCCAAAGACAAAUUGCCUGGGAGUUAAGGAUGAAGAUGCACAAAAGACAAAUCAAGACCUUCACUGCUUGGAAAAAGAAAGCAUUUUCAUAAUGGGAGGAUAAAUGUCUUCUGAUGAAUGCUGUUUAGAAGAUUCCAAAAAAGGAGAGGAGAGGAAAACGAGGACAUUACCUGUGUUCACGUGGCAGUUGUUAAGGCUGAAAAUAAUUAAGAAUCACCUUUGCUAUACAAUUAAGGUCAAUAUUUAUUCUAUACAUUGGAUUAUAUAGUAAAUUCCAUCACCAUGAAUAAUAGUAUUGCAAAACAAAAGAAAAUGAAAGAACUGCAAAGACCCAUGAGGUAAAGAGGAGUGUACUGCAGUGAAUGCUCUCAAGGAGGUUUUUAAAAGAGUGCAGUGAAACAAGAACAUCACUUGGAUUUUAAAAGCAAUAAUUAAGAAUCAUAUUUUCUACACUUUGGGAAAUUACAAAUUUUAUAUUGCACCCUUCAUAUUGCACUGACUAAACUGUAGCACACUCCACCACUGAAAUACGAGGAAAGACAAGUAGUACACAUGGUGCCAACCACAGCCCUUAAAGAGACCUUUCUAAAACCAUCUUUUCUGUUGUAUCAUGGGAAACAGUACCUGUCGUCUGUGUCAGGUCACGCAGGAAAGGUGGCAGGGCUGCUGCUCCAGUGGGUUUAGGUUACAUGUAGAUGACGAGUGUGUGUGUACACAACACCUUAGCCACUAACCUCACACUAUCCAUCCAUCCAUUAUCCAACCCACUAUAUCCUAACUACAGGGUCACAGGGGUCUGCUGGAGCCAAU